AUGGGCGCUGCCGACUUCCUCCAGGCAUUUAGACGCUUUGUUGCAAGAAGAUCAAUUCCGUGCAAAGUGUACUCGGACAACUUCCGAACAUUCAAACGGGCGUCACAAGACAUUGUAGAGCUCCACCGCCUCGUUCACGCUGCGCCCCUUCAAAGCUACUGUGUCGACCAUCACAUUCAAUGGAUCUUUAUUGCUGAACGCGCACCCUGGUGGGGCGGGUUCUGGGAGCGCCUCGUGAGGUCGGUGAAGGACGCUUUGCGCAAGUCCCUCGGUCGAACGUGCCUAUCCUUCGAGCAGAUUACCACCGUCCUCACCGAAAUCGAAGCCAUGAUCAACUCUAGACCUCUAACGUACAUAUCCGACGACCCCAGGGAUUUUUCUCCUCUGUGUCCCUCCCACUUUCUUGUCGGAAAACGGUUAACUGUUCUACCGGACUGUUCAGACACAGGCAGCGUGGCCAAUGAUACGCGCUCCUCGCUCCUUGAAAGGAUGCAGCUUCGACAAAGCUUGCUCGACGAAUUUUGGCGCAGAUGGGCUCGCGAAUACAUCUCCGAGCUACCGUCUGCCCAUCGCUUCCAGUACAGUUCCACCGUGCCAUUCCAGGUGGGCGAAUUGGUACUCCUUUCUUCUAAGCCUCUUAGUAGAGCCUUGUGGCCUCUUGCACGCGUCACAGAGAUUAAGCCAGGACGUGACGGCGUCAUCCGUGCAUGUAAAGUCAUGCUCCCCAAUGGAUCUGUCCUACGGCGACCAGUACAGCUUCUGCACAAACUGGAGAUCUAG